AUGGAAAUACCAAACUAUGAUAGUGGUGACAACCCAGAUAAAAAAUAUAAACAGUUAUUUCAUUACAUGCCAUCAGAUACAUUUCGGAUGUUAAUCUGUGGAAACAGUGGAAGUGGUAAAACUAAUCUGCUGUAUCAUAUGUUAAUUAAACCACUACUGUAUUAUGAUGAAAUUUAUCUUUACGCGCGUAAUCUAGAACAGGAUAAGUAUCAAAAGCUAAUUCAAAAAAUGAGGGAGUUGAGUAGUAAACUAGGAUAUGAAAUACUUCAUGUAAGUAAUGAUGAAAUAAUCCCAGUGUCAGAAAUGGAUUAUGAAGACAAUCAAAAACUUGUAAUAUUCGAUGAUUAUGUUUGUGAUAAAAACCAGAGGCAACUGAUUGAUUAUUUUAUUCAAGGACGACAUAAGAAUUGUUCGGUGGUGUAUCUCAGUCAAUCGUUUUACAAAACACCAAAGGAUAUUCGGUUGAAUUGUUCUCAUUACUGUUUAUACGAAUUUCCAUCAUCAAGGGAAGCCAACAGAAUAUCAUCUGAGUUGGGAGUGGGUAAAGAAGAUUACCACGCAGCAACUAAAAAACCAUAUUCAUUUCUAUACGUUGAUAAACCAAGAAAACGUAUUGCAAAAAACUUUACUGGUAAUCUAGUCUAAUAAUAAAAAAUGGGAGUAUUUAACGAACAAUCUCUUGAUCAUCCUUUUGCUAGGGGAGUACAAGGUGCACCAGGAGUUGGAUUUAAUCUCACUUCAAGUGGGGAUUAUGAUAUGAUAAAUAAAAAACUAAGAAAUGUAGGAGCACCUAGUGCUAAUACUGAUGCUGCUACAAAAAAAUAUGUUGAUGAUAAUUCCAGUGGAUCACCCUCAACAUCAAGACUAACAGUUGAUUCAAACAUUGAUAUGAAAGAUACAUACCGUAUUCAAAAUCUUAUCUCACCACUGGAUUCUAAAGAUCCAGCAACAAAAUAUUACGUAGACAACACAUUUCUUGACAGAGAUGGAUCUUACCCAAUGAAAGGAAAUCUAAAUAUGGACAACAAUCGUAUAUUUAAUCUACCAGCUCCAAAUGGUAGUAAUCAACCAACACCAUUAGCUUUCACAGAUUUGAAGUAUCUUCACGUUAGUGGAACAAAUAAAAUGACUAAUAAUCUAAACAUGGAUAACAAGGGAAUGAUUCAUUUAAAACCACCAACAAACCCCACAGAUGGUGCAACCAAAAAGUAUGUGGAUGACUCAAUACCUAAUACUAGUUCUUUUAUAAAAAAGGAUGGAAGUGUAUCAAUGACAAGUAACCUUAAUGUUGGUAAUAAUAAAAUAGUUGGUCUCGCAACUCCAACAUCAAAUACAGACGCCGCAACCAAAAAGUAUGUGGAUGAUAAUGCUGGAAGUCCAGAUUUAAGUGAUUACUUGGAAAAAGAUGGUACUGUCACUAUGACUGGAAACCUUAAUCUUGGUAAUAAUAAAAUAGUUAACCUCAGUGACCCCACCACAGAUCAAGAAGCUGCUAAUCGUGGAUGGGUACGUAAACAAAUAGAAAGGUUUGAUCAUCAUUCUGGAGAUGGAAUAAGUAGUGUAUUUACCAUAACAGAUCCAGGUGCACCAACGACUUUGUAUCUACAAUAUAUCUCAGGUUCAUCAUUUGAUGAUUUUGUUUUUACAACAUCAACACCUGGUCAACCUCUUGUAGGGUGGGCACCAACUGCUAACACAUACAUUAACAAAAUAGAAUUUCAAUUUGGUUCGCGAAAUAUAAACGUUGACUUUUUGUGGUUUAUUCCUAGAGAUGUCUCUCAUUCCAAUUCUAACUUUUGGGUAAGUGGAAAUCGCACUGGCACUUGGUCAUUAAAUAUACACAAGUCUUGGAAUUAUAAUAUGUCAGGAGUAAAACUAAGAACCCAUAACAAUUCCAAUCACACACCUAUCACUUGUCGGUUAUUUACUGAUCUACCAAAAGCAAUAACCAAACCACUUAAGAGAAUAGAAAUUAAUACACCUAAAAUUGUAUUAAGUGGGAUUGUAAAAGCUAAUGUCAACCUUGGUGGUAAUAAAAUAGAGAAUCUGGGAAAACCAACCCAAGACAAAGAAGCAGUAAACAAAAGUUAUGUUGACAAUCUAGUUCAUCAUACCGCAGUUCAACCAAGUCAUUAUAAAGAUGUGUUUAGUUACCUCAUGUCAAGUGGGUCUCAAUGGACUGAUGAAACGGAUGAUGAUUUUAGAUUUUAUAUAAUACAAAUAGGAGAUUUAGCGCCAAACAAAGGAAACUUUCACGACUAUAAUCACAAAGUAAUUUACGUGACUAUAACAAAGAAUGAUUUAACAGGAAAAUUUGAUUAUAAGAUGGGAAUUAAUUUUUACAGACUAACUGCAAAUACUGAUUACACGUUGUGUUUGGAAUUACUCAACACUGAUUAUAAUCUUUGGAAUAAUAGUCAAAUAAGUGUUGACAAAGGAACUUCAACAGGAUUAUCAAUUGGAAAUGUAGGUAUAAGAAAACUAUCCCAUAAGUAUACUGAUUCAACAGGAAAAACAAAAACUAUGUACUACCACAGAAUAAUAGUUAAUUUCCGGAAGUUGUCAUCUGGGAAUAAGUUCUUUCUUCACAUUUUGGUUGAUAUUCUUCAGGGUGGAUAUAACCUGCGUGCGUAUCCGGAUCAUUUUUCAGGAAUUUACAUCAUUGCUUAUGGAAUUGAGGGUACAUUUAGCAAUAUCGACCCAGAUAAAGUUUACGACUAUCACACCGCAUUUGAUAUCAAACCAACAGAAGUAGUGUAUAAUGUUGAUAUUAAUGCAAAUCAAAAAGCAAUUAAAAAUAUCAAACUUGAUCGAAACAAUGAUAAUAGUGCUGCAACAGUUGCAUUAGUAAAAGAACUAGCUCCUUUUACUAAAAAUGCUUUGUAUAGAUUAUACUUUAGUGAGUUUUAUGACUUUGAUAAUGCAGAUAGUUAUGGAAUAAAUAUAGGCUCAUCUGGAAUUAUUAUUAAUUCUUUGAAACCUAAUAUUACGCUACCACCAAAUAAAGACCUAAGUGAAAUAACAGAAAAAGGAUUACAUAUUAAUGGUUAUGAUGUUACUUUUUCUCCUCCACAUUCUUCAAAAUCUACUUUAUGUAUUGUUUUUACUCAUUGGAGAAAUAGGAGUUUUACCCUAACUAAAUAUUUAUCAACAAACAAUAAUAUUUUAGUAAAAUUAGAUUAUAAUAAAUCAAACAAUAAAGUAACUUUGACUGUUGGUAAAACAACUCAAAAUUUUACCAUGCUAAGUAGUUUUGAUGGAAAAAUAAUUGUUGUAUGGNCACAUUUUGGUUGAUAUUCUUCAGGGUGGAUAUAACCUGCGUGCGUAUCCGGAUCAUUUUUCAGGAAUUUACAUCAUUGCUUAUGGAAUUGAGGGUACAUUUAGCAAUAUCGACCCAGAUAAAGUUUACGACUAUCACACCGCAUUUGAUAUCAAACCAACAGAAGUAGUGUAUAAUGUUGAUAUUAAUGCAAAUCAAAAAGCAAUUAAAAAUAUCAAACUUGAUCGAAACAAUGAUAAUAGUGCUGCAACAGUUGCAUUAGUAAAAGAACUAGCUCCUUUUACUAAAAAUGCUUUGUAUAGAUUAUACUUUAGUGAGUUUUAUGACUUUGAUAAUGCAGAUAGUUAUGGAAUAAAUAUAGGCUCAUCUGGAAUUAUUAUUAAUUCUUUGAAACCUAAUAUUACGCUACCACCAAAUAAAGACCUAAGUGAAAUAACAGAAAAAGGAUUACAUAUUAAUGGUUAUGAUGUUACUUUUUCUCCUCCACAUUCUUCAAAAUCUACUUUAUGUAUUGUUUUUACUCAUUGGAGAAAUAGGAGUUUUACCCUAACUAAAUAUUUAUCAACAAACAAUAAUAUUUUAGUAAAAUUAGAUUAUAAUAAAUCAAACAAUAAAGUAACUUUGACUGUUGGUAAAACAACUCAAAAUUUUACCAUGCUAAGUAGUUUUGAUGGAAAAAUAAUUGUUGUAUGGUUAGCAGAAGAUUUAAGUGCAAAUGUCACAAAAGUUUCAAUAAGUAACUACAGUGGUACAUUAACUAUACCAGCUGUUAAUUACAAUGCUAAUCAACGUUUGAAGUUUACAACUGAAGAUGGAGUGUUAAUAAGAUUAAUGUACUCUCCAAACUUUUACGACAUCGACUCUGAGAAAUAUCAUAAAGUAAUGCUUCAAGAAAAGUUAAAUGGAAGUUAUAUAAUGUAA